CUCGGCCCACUAAAUAGGCCCAAAACACUCGACCUUCAAAAACCACAAGCCUCGCUAGAUAUAAAUACAAAGCCCCGUCUCUGUAAUCAUCUCCCCCAAAUCAUCAUCUUCACCCUCAAAAACAAAUUCAAUUUUCCCGCGCUUUCUCUACGAGCUGCAGAGACGACUUUUAACUUCUACUUAAAGACAGAUACAUAUCGUAAAAUGGAAGGUGAAGAGGCUGAUGUUGGAAGAAAGCGCAUGAGGCAAUCUGUGGAAAACGAGCAAAUAAUAGCGACGGAUGCUGAGGAAACCGUUGGAGAAGAAACUGAAGAUGGUGCUCCAUUAUCUGAACAAAUGCAGCUUGACAUCGCAAGCAUCCAUGAAAAGAUCAAUAGCUUCACUACUCUGGUUUCCGAGCUCAUGGAAUCUGGAAAGUCACUCCUCCUGGAAAGAAGUAAUCAAUUUGAAGAAAGAUUGAUAUCAAUCCACAAGGAACAGACUGAAAAAUGGGAGCAGGAGAUCAGGGAGCUGCGUCUGCUUGAUGCUGCAAAUGAGGAAGCUAACAGCCUCUUACACGAUGCUCGAUAUCUACUUCAAAAUGUCCAUAUUGACUCAUAAAGGUCUUGUAGUACUUGCAUCUAAGACACAAUUUUAGUUCUGCUGAGGAAUGAGGAUGAAUGUCAUUCAGGUUAGCCUAAAGUAUAAUACUAGGUGUGAAGACUUUGUUGUGUAAAAUUUUCUGCUUUCUAUAAUUUGUAAAAUCGAGCUUAAAGAAUUACGGAGAAUAUGACUGUGAUGUUACUUUUGUUUCUGCAAGACUUUGAUGUUACUUCUUGUCUGUAAAAACUUUGUACCAUCCGGUUAUUUCAAGUUUUAACCAUAUUAAGGAUGGUAGCCGUUAGACUUUAA